AUGGAGAAAAAAGACACGCUCGCGAUGAAGUUGGAUGAGUCUGAGGACUAUGCCUUGGGCUGUCUUGCAACUGAUGACAAGAAGCUCAUUCGCAAGAUCGACUCGCAUAUCUUGCCCAUUAUGUUUCUGACCUAUUUCUUGCAGAUGAUUGACAAGAUUUCCAUCAAUUACGCAAACGUGAUGGGUUUCCAAGACGACCUGGGCAUGACUGGUAAUGACUUCUCGUGGUUGGCAACAGCCUUUUUCAUCGCGUAUGCCGUUGCGGAAAUUCCACAAGGAGCUCUACUUCAGCGAUUCCCUGUGUCGAAAGUCCUUGGGGCGAAUGUUCUUUGCUGGGGGAUCAUUUUGUGUUGCUCAUCUGCGACCAAGAACUUUGCUGGCAUGAUUGCACUCCGAACGCUCCUUGGCCUUCUAGAAGCAGUCAUUGCACCCUCUCUGACCAUUUACACGAGUAUGUGGUAUACCCGAGCCGAGUCUACUCCCAGAUACGGAUUCUGGUACUGUGGACUGGGCGCUGGACAAAUAAUUGGAGGACUCAUAUCCUUUGCAGCCCAGCAUGCGCCCGCUAGUCUGUCAUUCGGUGGUUGGCGUAUCAUGUUUGUGGUCAUUGGUGCGGUCAAUGUCUUGGUCUCUCUGCUGGUUCUUUUGGUGUUACCAGAGACGCCCGAGAAGGCCACAUUUCUAAGUAGUUCAGAGAAGCAGCGUAUUGCUCAAAGACUGCAGUUGGAUCAGGCCGGCGUCGGUUCCAAAACAUUCCGCUGGCGGUCUGUCCUUGAGGCUUUCGCAGAUCUCCAGACGUGGCUGUUGGUUCUUCUUACCAUCUUAAUUACUAUCCCAAGUGGAGUCAUCACGACUUUCUCAUCUAUCCUGAUCAAAGGGUUUGGGUACGGCAAUAAACAGAGUGCAUUGCUCAACAUGCCGUCUGGGGUGGUCAGCAUUGUGUCAACGAUGGUGUCUACAUAUGCGAUCGCGAAAGGCUUUUCCCGGUGGCUGGCCAUCGACCUUCUACUGAUCCCAACGCUAAUCGGAUCAUGCCUGAUGUCAUUCCUACCCUCUUCUAAUAAAGGAGGUUGCCUAGCAGGCAUCUACUUGGUUAAUACGACGGUCGCUCCGCUUGCACUAAUCUAUGCUUGGACUGGCGCCAACUAUAAAGGAUACACGAUGAAGGUUGCUGGCACUGCGCUCAUUUCAGCUGCAUUCAGUAUUGCGAACAUCAUUGGGCCCCAGACCUUUCAAUCUAAGGAUGCUCCUCAGUACAUUCCCGCCAAGAUUACUUUGGUCGCGGUUAAUGCUGCGGCGAUUCUGAUUUCGACUCUCUUGCGAAUCAUGUAUGGCCGUCGCAAUUCUCGUGCUGAUCGUUUGGGAACCCCAGCACGUAGUUCGAUGGAAGCGCGUACGGCGAGCACCCAAAACGCCAAUGUUGAUGAUGAGACUUUCCGCUAUGUGUACUGA